AUGUGGAUGCAGCUGCCAGCUCAAAACCCAUCACUGCUCUCAUUCCCAACACAAGCUGAGACUCGCUGCAAGGCCGACGCGCUCACUUCUAUCGAGCAAAUCGCCGCCAAUCUCAAAGCCUCCAAGGUAUUGGUGGCCAUAGAUCAGUCUUCUGUCGAGGCUAAGCGGCGAGAGGCCUUUGACGCCAAGAUUGCAGGCAUCGAGAGAGCAUCUGGGCCUCAAAGUGAUGGCCGCUUCGGCACAGGCUUCCUAAGCAAGGCACAUAAGGCCGUGACCAAUACCGGGUUUAUCCACAACAACACACGGCCCACCAAGCCACUGUCUUUCAUCAACUGCGGGGGUGGUCGCCUUGGCUGGCUGGGUAUCAAGCUGGCAAGUGAUGCUGAAGCUGGUGGCGAGGGCAAGGGCAGGUUUGUGAUCUCACAGCGGUACAAGAUUCCCGUGUUGGCUAUUGUCCUCAACAAUGAAUUCCCCAACGGCCUUGCCGCAAAGGCGACCAGCGAGGAGAUUAACAUUUCGUUCGAGCCUGUUCCAGACUAUGCAGGCAUCGCCAAGGCCGCCGGAGGGGGGCCAAUCCAUGCAAUGAAGGUGGAGAAGGCUGCGGAGCUCGAGGUGGUACUCGAGGAGGCAGUGGCCACGGUGCAGGCGGGCACGACGAUGGUGUUGGAUUGCAAGAUUGUUUGUGAGCCGGUUUAG